AGACAGCUUCCUCCUGAGGAAAUUAGAGGAAGGGAGGGAAGGAGUCACCGGUCUUGGUCAGAAACAGAGAUCGAGUGAUGAGGACUUUGGUGCUCCGGACGCAAUGUAAGGUAAGCUUUCUGAGGAAAAAAAAAACACUUAAUCCACUUAUUAGAUGUGACAUAAUUCAACAUAUUAAAUGUAUACACAAAUGUACAAAACACCUCUGAAUUGCGUUUCUCUGCAGACAUGACAGUUGACUUUUGGAUUAUUAUUAAACCUGACGGCGAUUUAAGGAAGACCUGGUAGAAUAUUAAGAAUCCACAAAACUGCACCCGAGCUGUAUCAGCAUUGUGAUGUGACCACUGGCUGCGCCGAAGUGGCGCUUUUACGCACGAUGGAGGAGCUUUUACGCGUGCAGAGUACUUGGGCGCAGAAUGUUUCCUGGAUUAAUUCAAGUCGUGGAAAUGACAGUAACCUGGGAAACAGCACGGUGAACCCUUUGAAACGAAAUGAAGAGGUGGCCAAAGUUGAAGUGACCGUCCUGGUCCUGGUGCUGCUGCUCGCUUUAACCGGCAACCUGUGCGUCCUGUGGGCUAUCCACGCUACCAAGCACAGCCAGUCUCGGAUGUAUUACUUCAUGAAGCAUCUUAGCAUCGCAGACCUCGUGGUCGCAAUCUUCCAGGUGUUGCCUCAACUCAUUUGGGAUAUCACUUUUCGCUUCUAUGGGCCGGAUUUCCUCUGCAGGCUGGUUAAAUAUCUCCAGGUCGUGGGGAUGUUCGCGUCUACCUACAUGCUCGUCUUAAUGUCCAUCGACAGGUGUUUGGCGAUCUGCCACCCACUCCGUUCCGUGCACAAGAGAAAGGACCGCAGCUGUGUGAUCGCGUCCUGGAUGCUCAGCCUGAUAUUCAGCACUCCUCAAGCGUACAUAUUCUCCCUAAAAGAGGUCGGACACGGCGUGUAUGACUGCUGGGGAGACUUUGUGCAGCCGUGGGGUGCCAAAGCAUACAUCACGUGGAUGAGUCUUAGCAUUUACAUUAUCCCUGUGGCAAUUUUAAGCAUAUGCUAUGGCUUGAUAUGUUUUAAAAUAUGGCAAAACUUCAAUUUAAAAACCAGAAGGGAUCACUUCCUGGCUCUUACACCCAGGCCCUCCAAAGGCGCCCAUCCUCUCACUCGUGUGAGCAGCGUUAGGCUCAUUUCAAAGGCGAAGAUCCGCACCGUGAAAAUGACUUUUGUGGUGGUCCUCGCAUACAUUGUGUGUUGGACUCCCUUCUUCUUUGUCCAGUUGUGGUCUGCGUGGGAUCCUGCAGCACCAAGAGAAGGUAAAAAAAAAAAAAACACAGAAAACAAAAAAAAAUCUCAUUUUCUAUGAAGCCAAGUGGAUUUAUUUUUAGAAGAUUUUCAAGAUAUUAUGUGUUGCAACUUCUUAGAGGUUCAAGAUUAGAGCAUCACUUCAUGUCCAAGAUCUCUAACCACUGUAUAUUUAUGCAUCAAGUGUCCCAUACACACAAAGAUCAUUCUUCUUCUGCACUAAGUAUCUCUGGGAAUGCCAAAGCAAUCCCCUUCACUUCCAAAGCAACACAAUGGUGUUUAACUCCAGACUUCCCCUGAGCCCACACAGAUGAAUGGGAGUGUCAUACGCAGAGCUUAUCAGCUCAGAGAAAGUCACUUGUAGAGUAAAUGUACCAAGACAUCAAAGCAUUUCUAUCUCUGUUCCCAGUGGUGGUUUACAUAAUUUUCAUGUUACUGCGUAGUUUGUUCAGAUUUACCCCACGUAUCCUCUGAGUUUGUAUGACAGAAGGACAAGAGCAGGGGAGCAGCUCCUUAACCUCUGAGUGUUAUUAUGAAGCUAAAUUACUGCCCGGCACUCAGAGAUGCAGAGAUAUCUCACUGUAAGUAGGCCAGACGUAAGCAUGAAAAUUGUCUUCCUGUUUUUAACUUCUUGGAGCAGUUUGGCACAAAAUUAGGAAAACAAACACAUUACAGGCAAAAAUGCAAGCCUGCUUACAAAUCCACAAGUGUGUGUCGUAACAGGGAGGCCCUGAUAUUGCUUGGAUGGAUGGACUCAUCCAUUUGGGCUGUUUAUUAUUACCUGUCAUGAUCAUCAUUGUUUGUGUUUUUUCAGUAUUCUGGUUUGUAAAGCAUGCAAAACCAUAAUUCAGAUCCCAUAUAUGGAAAUAAUUUAUUUUUGGUUUGUAUUCAUUAUGAAACCAUAGAAAUAUUCUGUUUUAAUUAUAACUGUCCUAUACUAAACACAUAUCUACAAAAUAUUGACAUUCAUAAGCACUGAAAACAGCCCAUUUUUAAAGCUUUAUUAGUGAUUAUUUCAAUUAAAGACUUAUGAGACUCCUCUGAACCUUAUUAUUCUUUUUUCUUUCUUUCUUUCUUUCUUUCUUUCUUUCUUUCUUUCUUUCUUUCUUUCUUUCUUUCUUUCUUUCUUUCUUUCUUUCUUUCUUUCUUUCUGACUGACAAUCAAUUUGACAAUAUCAUGGCAAAUCACAUCAUUUCUUAUUCAUUGGUUGGAAGGGAACCGGAAGAAGAUACAUCUUAUAUCGCCUGCCCCUCACUCAAUGUCUAAUUACUGUAAUAAUCUGUCAGUGAGCAACAUUCAGUUCAUGACUGCUACAAUAGGUCUUUGCUAGGUAGUGACACUAUGUCAGCGUGUUCACUGUAUAAGUGAUUGAGUAGAAUGAUUUUUUUCGCUUUAAAUUAAUUGCUGUUGGGGACAAUUGUUUGGCUGCUUUAUACCUUUGAGAGAAAAAGGAGAAAGAAGGUAGGAAAACUCGUUAUCUUGUGUGUUUUCACGUAUGAUUUGGAGAAGUUGCACAAAGACAUCCUGGUAAAUGAACAAUAAAUCAGUGGCUCAUCUUCAUUUCAAAGAAAACUUAUUAGAGAAGAGCCUCUGUCCAAAUCCAGGAGUGGAAGUCGAGAUAAUUAAAAAUUUACCGACACUGCUUAUCUUUCUCACUUUUUUCAUUCUCUUUGAAGUAAUGUCUGAUUCCAUGUGGGAGAGAUUUUUUUUGAUGGAAAACAAAGAAUUUUCCAGAGUCUGAACUUUAGUUACAUCAUCACUCUUUACAAGCUGCGUGCAUCCACUGAUAGUGCAGAGGAAUUUAACUUUGUGCACUCCUGCUAUGUUCGUCCAACUAUGAUAACCCCUUCAAAAUGCAGCAUUAUCACAUCCCCACUUCUGACUUCACCACCUCUCUCUCUUUCCAUUUUCCCGGAAAGCUUCAGAAAAUCUGUACAUCAUGGUUUGACAUAAAAGCAGUCGACAACCGUGUUUUUCAUAGAUCUGUGGCAGGACAAAAAAGUAGUGAAUGUACUGUGAUGUCCGAAUGAUUUGCACCAGGGAAAUGCAUGACGGUUUGAAUGCACGCUGUGGUGUUCUCCCUGAAGAUGACUGUGCACACCAUAGCAGAACUAUUGAGAGGAUGUUUGACUUAUCUGUUGAACAUGUGGCGUAAAUUUUUACGGGCUCUUUGGUCGACACAGCACACCUCUCACAACACAGUGAAGGACUAUAGAGAGUCAGAGCACCGUGAACGGAGCGGGUCAGCAUUUUCAUUUUCAUCGCUCUAAAUCUUUCUCACCCCAUUAAGGAUUAGAAAAAAGUGGAUCCUGGAGGUCUUCCACUUUCCACUCUUACAGUGACGUGCUUCUUCAAAGUGCUGUGCAGCCCUUACGAUUGGAAAUUUAAUCACUGGAAUGAAAGCGAAAUAAGGUUUAUUCUUCCAUUCAGGACAGCUUCUUUUAAUUGAAGUCGUAUAUCAUGUUCAUGUCAAGCAACUCUAAGUCCUAUUUGUCUUUCAUCCAUCAACCUUCCUGUCGUAUUUCGGCUCUAAUCCCAGAUGUUUUGGGGUUGUGUGAAGUGCUUUAGAUUGUCAGUUCAUAUAUUUUUCUUUAAGUGAUGAGUAAUAUGAGUGCAGCUGGCUCAAACAGGGCCUGACAUGUAAAGUAGGCAUGAGAUGGAAAAUUCCAGCCUAUCCAGAGGUGGUUUGGUGUGUCAAAGUCUGACAUUUGUCAAUACAGCAUUUAGCCUAGAUCUUUAUUUAACCUGCAGCAAUGCUAAAGAGAUAGUCAUCUAUCAUACUUAGUUUGCCGACGAGCACCCAUAGACUGUCUAUACUAUGGACAACUUGGUUCCGCCUUCCGCCAGUAUACGGAUUUGAAACCGAAAAGCUCUCGGUAAUUCAGUUUUUUUCUCGACUUCCUGAAACCAACUUUGCGCAGUAGCGUUGUACGCAUUCGGCGGGAGAGUCACCGAAAGUCACUGUGUUGAUGCUCGGCUCAAACAGCGUACUCCCCGGGUAAGCUACGCAAUCCUCGUACACCUAUAGGCUGUAUCAAGUGUCAAUCACAGAAAACAUGAACCCCCCAAUAACUUUUAACAAUGGAGCUCUACAGAAAAAAGCGGACUUGAGGGCAAACUAGUCUUACGAACUCCAUGUCAGCCCGUCACCAGAGGGUGCUGUUCUCGCGGUGUCUCUACCCAGCAGAGAGGCAGACGGCGUCUUUUCUAUAUACAGUCUUUGCAAGCACCUAAACAAAGUGCAGCAGAUCACAGUGCUUUCUUGUCUGCACCACAUUCAACUGACAUUUUAAGGUUUAUUAUUAAUGAACAUUAAUGAAAUGUCAGCUCGAUGAUGGUUCGAGGAUGUCAUCAGAGUCGUUAGAAAAUAUCCCCUGAGAACCAUCAGCAUCUGUUCAUGGUAACCCCUCCAACACUGAAUGAGAACUGCAGUCAUGAACACUGUCUAUGAUAAAUGUAUGCAGCUCACGCAACAAUACCCUUUGGUUCAUAAAUUAUGGCUUUGAAGCCUCCAGGUCAUAAGCUGGAAGUGAUCAAAUUUGCCUCUCAUUUUGGACAAUUGUGAAGAUAUAUGUGGACAUUAUAAUUGACAGGGCACUCUGGUUGUCAGUCACAAGAGGAAACUGGGAUCUAAGCCAUUGUAUUCAUCUAAAUUUCCUGUCAAAGUAUUUCAUCACACUUAUGUGAGUCACAUUCCCCAAAGGAAGCCCGGAGAUAAGAGGAUAGGACCACAAGAAGAGAUAUAAUUACAGGAGGGAGAUUUAUUUAAUUUCCAUUUUGAGAUUAAAAUUUUGAUAUUAAAGUCGAAAUUUUAAAAAGUCAAAAUUUUGACUUCAUGUCGACUUUAAUCACGAAAUUUCGACUUUAAUCUCAAGAUUUUAAUUUUUAAUCUCUAAAUUUCGACUUUAUUGACAUUGUUGGAGCCAUUCUCAGUUUAGUUUAUAUUUUGGUGAAAUGUCGCCCCCUUUGGCCACCUGAGAAAUGGCACCAUGAUUUUUCUAUUAAUCAAGCAUCAGCUGUGCGUGGCUCGAGACCAGUAGUAGAGAAACAGAUUCUCAACCGCGAGGCACCGCACCUACACAUACACAGCGCGUAUUUUUGAACGAAUGAAAGAAAGACUGUACAGAAUUAUUUUCAGCUUUAUUGAACCCUUAUUCAGCGCGUGUUUGUUUUGAAACCUUUUUGUUGAAGUUGUCUGGAGCCUGUUUUGUUUCACUUGUUUGCCCCCGUUUUGUUUGAAAAUUUGUUGGACAUAGAUGGGGAAAUUUGCCCUAUAGACAUUAUUUCAAGUUUUUAAUCUUUUUUAAUUUUGACUUAAAUCUCCUUCCUGUAAUUAUUUUUUUUCUCUUCAUGUGGCCCUAAUCCUCUUUUGUGAAAAUAAAACCUGAAUUGCUUGUUAUGAAUCAAGUAUUGGCCAAGAUAGAAAGAAGGUUUUUCUUGCAAAGGUUCUCCAGAUACACAAGAGCACAUGUCAGGUUCUAAAGAUGCCUCCAAAUGUGGGACUGAGGCUGUUAACUGUCAGGAAAUUACUGAUAUAAGAAAGAAAUGUGAGAAGUAGACUUGUCAGGUUCUUCACAAUUGAGUUUCCUCUUGCAGUGACUGCAGCUGCUCCUCCAAAGAUGCAAGGGAGGUUUUUUCUCGCAUUUUAGAGCCUCUUGGCUGGUCAGUAACUGAAUACAUAAACAUAAAAACGUCUCAGUGUUUUCCAAUGCUUUCAUCCUUUGGAGGAGAGGAUGUCAGUAAUUUUUUCUAACAACCAAAAUAACACUUUAGAACAUUUUUCUGAGACAUACUGGGAGUGCAGAGCAGAGGAGAGAGAGUCUGCAUCUUCUCUGUGGGCUUAUCUUUGACAGAACUCUCAGGAGAGCUCAUCCAUAUAGGAGAGUACAAACUGACGUCAGGCUGGAGUCCAGAAACCAUCCAUUCAGAUAACCUGAAAUCUCAUUUUACAGAACUUUGUUGUGGAUAGACAUCCAACAUUGUAACACUAAGUAUGUAUAAAGGCAUAGAUCGGCGUAAGAUGUCUUCUUUAAGUGUCCCCAAGAAAAAGAGUCCACUUUUUUAACUGAGUGGUUACAUCCACCUCUUCUGUUGUCUAAAAUCCAGACCUACUAUACAUCACCAUCUCCUCAACUAUGAUGUGGUCAGUAGCUAUAAACACUUUAAAGUCCCACUACUUAAAGUGUUCUCAGUGGUCUUUAAAUUGUGAUUAUGAAGUUUUUAGCCAAAAUCACAUUACCUGUGUCAUUGUCAGGAGCUUUUCUUCUGCAGAGCUCCAGUAGCUCAUUAGCAAUUUGCCUCUGAGUCACUGGCAGAGACAGCGCUGCUCUGCACACUCGUCUUCAUGUUAGCUUGUAGCCUAACGUUGCCGGUGUAGUAGAAGCGGCAGGUAACAUGGGAGCUAUUCAGUUCUUGGACACUAAUUUCUUUAGGGAGACGAUGAAAGCUAACAUCAUAAUUAGCUUUCUUACAGGCAUUGCAAUCCACUACAUGCACACGCUUGUUCCGUGAUUCUCCUCUAUAUGCAGAGUGUGGCCUGCAUAGUGGGGCUCCAGGGGUGGAGCUUGGAUUGGUUAUGUAUGAAAUCUCAGUUUCUGAACCUGCUGUUUGGGUCUGUGAGAGAUUCACAGCAAUUUGAAUGAAAAAAAUACUCAGAAAAGCAAUUUUGCAUUUAGUUUUCUCAUGAUAUGUCCUGUAGCGCCAGAAAAAUGCCAUAUGAAGAUAUAAAAAACAAGAAAAACAUGAUUUUCAUCAGAGUGGGUCUUGAAAGUGCAGGCCCAAAGAUCGGACAAAACACAUGCACACUUAGUUCUGAAUUACAGAAUCGUACCGGAAUAGAGUAAAAUCCUGGUACUUGAAAAAAAACCCAGCCACCAUCCAAUUACUGCUUCUUGUAACUGCGUAUCUACAUCCAGGGUAGGAGGGGUGGAGUAGAUCCCACUUUUGAAGAUCAAAGCUUACAAUUUCCCAGGUUUUACUCCUUGUUAAGAAAUCCCAUGAAAGAAAAAAGCAACAUUUCAGAUCUUUAUUUUGUCCCCAUGUGUCACCCAGGGUAGAUGAGGAUCAUUGAUUUGAUUUCUUGAUAAAACAUGAAGGUUUAUGUAAACACAAAAUUACUCAUCAUAUGCCAAUAUUCCUCAUCAUGCGUUUUCUUUGUAUCUCUUCUUAGACAUGGCUUUCAUCAUCGCCAUGUUACUGGCCAGCCUCAACAGCUGCUGUAACCCGUGGAUUUACCUGUUCUUCGCCGGUCACCUGUUCAACGACCUGACACAGUGCUUCUUCUGCUGCUGCCGUCAGUACCUGACUGCCUCCUCCUGCAGCUGUGAUCAGCAGUGCAGGCACAAGAGCAACUGCUCCACAUUUGUCAUCAAGAGCACAGGCAGCCAGAGGAGCCUCUCGCACACAUCCAGCACUGGGGGACCAGGACAUUGAAGAGCCAGCUGAAAACCAUCCAGGCUUCCUGUAGUACAAUAAUCUGGCAACUGUGGGGGGGGGUCCUGCAUUUCCUCUGCAGAGGACAUGGCACCGCUUUUGGAAUUGAACUGACAAGAAAACAAAUUGUAAAUCUUUGUACAUAAAAUAAACAUCACACUGUCUCAAUACGAAGGCAGAGAAAAUGAUAUUUUUGUAAAAAAAUCUGAACAAAGAAGUGAUGUGAAUUGAAAUAUGAAUAUCUCAAGUUUUUUUUUCCCCUUUUUGACUCUUUGACUCUCUACGCCAGAUUUCUACAAUAGAUAGAUAGAUAGAUAGAUAGAUAGAUAGAUAUGUGUUUUUCUUGAAUUGUGCAUUUGAAGAUUAUAUCAGUUGUAAAUUUGUACAUACAACCAUUACGAUUUUUCUAGCUGUUUUUUUCUUCUUGUGUUUUCUCUGAAAUAAGUAGUUGCAUUUUAAUGUUUGGGACAAGAGAUGAUCUCAACAACAACAACAAAAUAUAACUCAGUAUUGUAUUAAGUAUUAAGGGUGUUCUUUUUAAGCACGGGCAUAAACGUUGAAUGUAAUUAUCCAGAAAAAUCAGGUUUAAGAGGUAAAAAUAUCAUUUUAUUGUGAAAAAUGUCGCCAAUAAAAUGAGUGUAACAGCUCUAUUGAACCAUCUAAGCACAACUUUUUGAAAAGCAUUUUAUAAUAUUUUUUUUAAAAUGCUGAUUUGCUUUCAUCUUUUUAAGUUUUCAGGGUAAUAUCCACCGUUGAGAAUUGGCUCCCUCCAAAUAUGCGGAUUGUUUUAACACAUCAAAAACUUGAACAUUGUGCAAAAUCUACAGAGACUGCAUUUCGAACACGUAGGCUGGUUUCAAUGAUUGCAGCAGACUUUCCUUUCCUGCUUAUCAAACAGUGUUUGUACUUUGUGAUGUGAUUUGAAAUUCACUUUGUGAAUAGUUUCCACUGCUCCUCAUGUGUGUGUGUGUCUUCGUGUUGUUAUUUUUAUCCACUCCAUUUCUUCUCCGAGUUGUUGUGUUUUUGUGUAAUAAGUGUUUAUCAAAGACAGAUGACACAUUAAGUUAAGGCAUGUUUACCCCGCAGGGUUCAAAGUGGAAUAAUGGCUCCCUCCUGUGGCUGAAUCUGUUAUCUCAACUCGUGUUAUUGUUCUGCUCUGGUUCCUGUAUGAUUUAAGGCUACAGGCCAACCGGUUAUACUCAACAUAUGGAGAAUUUCACUGUCAACAUCACAUAUAUGCAUUGGCUAAGUGUGUGUAUUUUUAAACUGUCUUUGCUUUAUACGGCCUGGCUAACUGUCAAACAAAACGCUGCGGUACAGAGAGCAGGUUUAUCGAGAAAGAGACUCACACUCAUGUACACUGUUCAGUAAGUGUCACUACAAGAACACACAAUUCUCAAGUUAUUAAAUUUGUCAUAGCACAUGGGAAAACAAGAGACUUUGUUGAUCUUCAAACCUCAUGUCCUGUCCUUUGACAAGUUCAUUUAAUAGGAUUUAGUUUUGUUUUUAUAAUGACUUCUCCUCGCCAUUUUGAGGCACUGGCAUGUGAGGAGUCAACAUCCCUCAGUGCCAAUUACGCCAGUAUUGUGGGACACGGAGCUUCUCCUCUUACUAAAUCAUCUCCCACAUGAAGUCACCAUUUGUGAGUACCAUGUUUUGUUUCUAAGAUAUUUUCUAAAAAGUCUUCAAAUAAAAAUCACAAACGGUAUUCUCUGAUUGGAGGGAUGGAUUGAAGCAAACAUAAAGAUACAAGAGGAGCCAAGAGUUGCAGGUUGGUGUCUGUGGUUGUGGUAGUCGAAGCCUCAGAGGGGCGGUGGUAGUUAAUAAACUAAAACGCCACUCACUGUUAUUCCAAUCCAGACAGCUGCCAGCCAUGACAACCUUACAGCGAUUAAAGAGACAGAAGGCUCUGCUCCAUACACCACAUCAAGAGACGCACACAAGCAAUUUCAGUUCUGUCACACAACCAUGAAAACACUCAUCGGGACUUUCAGCCAUUUAUCGUUUAUUAUUUUUCAACCACAUCCACCAAAUAACAAGAAAGCUAAAACUCAAAUGUUUUCUGUACAAACUUUAUUAAAUCUGAAUCAAGUUGUGCUUCAAACUCGAAACAGAGACUCUCAAACUCUAUAUAGCGGUGGAAUAAAAGGAGGAUUUAAAUCUCAGUUUUACUCUUCAUUGAAUCUUCAGUGGAGGAUUAAUGAGUUACAUGAUGCCUCAUUAAAACUCGGUGGUUUCUCUGCCAUUGUCUGUUUCUCCCUGGAUUCUCACUGGACGUUACUUUCUUAAACAGGAUAAUUGCUUUUAGAGCUGAUCUGACAUUAGAGAGAAAUAUUCAAGUCCAUUACAUUAAAUGUACUUUCUCCUAACAAAAGUUGUCUCACAAAAUUAAAUUCCCUAAAGUCUGAACCGGAGCCUUCUAUGAUUUAACUUUAAUUUAAUACUGCUCAAGCCUAGACUUACGACGGCAGUGAUAAAGCGCAAUGAUUGAAGAAGCCUGGAGUAUUUUGCCAUGAAAACUAUCCAACCAACAAGUUAUUUUCAUAAAAAAUGAUGAGACAAACAAAAAUUCUUUAAAACAGACAAAACAAAAUACUGCUGAGUGUCUGAAAAUCUUCUUUGUGCCUUAAGAAAGCGGUCACUUUCAUUGUUUUCAUUUUUAAGUCCCCUAACAGUCUCUAUUUUCUCACACUGAUCCCAUUAAUUAAGAAAUCUGAUCUCUUUGGUCAUCACAAAGUGAUAAAAUUUUAAGUAAGAGUUUUUGUCCGAGUCCAAACUGGAAGUUUUAUAGAUAAAAACAUUUUAUUCUGUAUCAAAAAUGAAAAAGUCAUGGUCUACCUGUGAAACAUCAGGGCACAUAAAUAAACCAUCUCAGUCUUGAUGUGAAAAGUGUCUCAUUCUUUGGCCAGGUGAACACUGAAGCCUCCGCAGCAUCUUCCAGCGCUCUUGAAGAAAGGCUGCAAAAUGAUGCUCAGCACGAUAUUCCACAGACUCUGCAGCCAGCGUGUGCCGAUAGAGAGACACUGAAUACAAGGACUGACCAUCCUGUCAUUGAAAGAAAGGUAUUCAUUACAAACACAGCAGCUAUGAGAGAAAUGUGCAGUCAAUCUUAGCAUUCCCUGUGGACAAAGAGAGGGUCUGUUAUUCUGUUCUGUUAUAAAUAAUUAUAAAGAAUUUAGAAAGUCCUUUUACAGAUGAUCUGCUUUUCUUCUGUGGCCCUUUAUAGAGGUUUAUGUAUUAAUUUCUGCUAUUUUUAUGAAUGUUAGGAUCUUGUUUAGUAUUAAUGUUGUCUCCUCAGAUGUGUAAGUUACCGAUGGCUCAUACAUGCGCUUAUGCAUCCUCCUAUUGUCAUGGAUGGUCUCUUUUGAGCUGUGGUGGUCCUUCUCCUCAUUAUAGCAGAGGAUACAGCGUCCAUGAUUUCCAAAAAGGAUUCCAAAACAGAUUCUUUUUGUUUUGCACUUCACCUCAGUCCAUAAGAUACGUUACUGGUGUUUCUGGGUCAUAUUUACAUACAGUUUUAACCUAAAUUUGUAGAUGUAGUGAGAAACUAUGUUCACAGAAAUGUAGUAGACAUGACUCUGUAGUGAUUUCCACUACAGAGGAAAACACAUCAUGGUUGAGUCAUGUUUGUUUCUGAUGCACUGUCUCCCAAGGGCCCCCAAAUGACCACCAGUAUUGGCUUCAAGCUUUUGUUUUGAGAUCUCUCAAGAUUAUCAAGUUGAAGACUGCUGUCAAAUGAAAAAAUGCCCAAUUAAGUGUUUGCAAACUCAAAGGAAACAGGAAACAGGAAAUAACCUGUUUUAGAGACCACCCUUUUGUCCAUUUUGACCACCAGAAUUAAGAUGGUGGUGUAACAUUUGAGAAGUCCUUGAGAAGAUGUGAUUUCAUGAUUGAUUUUUAACCUGACUGCUUGUGAAUAUUUUAUUAUUUUUCUGCUGUACAUUUCCCUAAUCUCUCAAACCAACAAGGUGUCAAAAAACUUACCAAAUGUGGAGGCAGCUGAGGAUGGCAAAGAGCAGGCCAGAAACGAUAGAGACCGGAAUGGCCAGAAGCACUGUAACAAUCCUGUAGAUCCAAACCCUGGACACCUCAAACAGAGCAUUACUCCAGAUCCAUACUCUAUCUCCACUGCGUACAGAUGCCGGUUCAGCAAUCACAUCCUCAAACGUCACCUGCGGACACAAAAAAACGAUCCUGUUGAGCAUAGAUCAAAUCCACUGGAGGGCAGUGCAUUCAGCCAUGCAGUUUUUUGUUCUGCAUGCCAGUUAUUUUAUGUUUUUUUCAUAGUCCACUGCAGAAGAAUGCAAUACCUUAAGGCAGUCAUUGAUUCCACGAGGGUCUCUGACAUUUAUCAGAGGCUUAGUGUCACUGAUUUCCACAAGGGUAGAGGUGUGUAUGUUUUCGUCUUCUUCCACUGGAGGAGGGGCCUUCCACAGUGUCUGAGGUUCAUCUCCGUUAUCAUAUUCAUCAGGGUCGCUGGAGUCUCCCAAAUCAAUCUCUACCUCCUCUGAA